UAGACGAAUUGGGUAUCGUCAAUUCUGAACUGGCAACAUUAAUACCAUACACUUCAACGACUGUCAGAUUACGAGUCUUUCCAAAGUUUGUGUUUGAUCAUGGCGGUGGGUAAAAAUAAAGGCCUAUCGAAAGGCGGCAAGAAGGGUGUUAAGAAGAAGAUUGUUGAUCCCUUCACAAGAAAAGACUGGUAUGAUGUCAAGGCACCGUCCAUGUUCACCAAGAGACAGGUGGGAACCACCCUCGUCAACCGUACCCAGGGUACGAAAAUCGCUUCGGAGGGGCUGAAAGGCAGAGUGUUUGAAGUAUCGCUGGCUGAUCUUCAAGCUGACACUGAUGCUGAAAGGUCUUUCCGCAAGUUCCGGCUUAUCGCUGAGGACGUGCAGGGCCGCAAUGUCCUGUGCAAUUUCCAUGGCAUGGACCUCACCACUGACAAGCUCAGAUGGAUGGUAAAGAAAUGGCAGACCCUAGUCGAGGCCAACAUUGAUGUUAAGACCACGGACGGGUACCUCCUUCGCGUGUUCUGCAUCGGAUUCACCAAUAAGGACACGUUGAGCCAAAGGAAGACCUGCUAUGCCCAGCACACUCAGGUGCGAGCCAUCAGGAAGAAGAUGUGCGAGAUCAUCACCCGUGACGUGACCAACUCUGAGCUGCGCGAGGUGGUCAACAAGCUGAUCCCGGACUCCAUCGCUAAAGACAUUGAGAAGGCCUGCCACGGCAUCUACCCUCUCAGGGAUGUUUGCAUCAGAAAGGUGAAAGUGCUGAAGAGGCCGAGGUUUGAGAUCUCUAAACUGAUGGAGUUGCACGGGGAGGGAGGCGGCGGUAAACGCGGGGAAGUCGGGGACAAGUCGGAGCGUCCCGAGGGGUAUGAACCGCCCGUGCAAGAGAGCGUAUAAGUUUAAUAAAAUGUAAAAGGAA